AGUAAGGUCUAUUAAAUGAAUGAAAAAUCGACAAGAUAUACAUACAUUUUACGUUUACGAGUAAAUGUUGCAAUAUAAAAGCAGUCGUAAUCAGAAACAUGUUCUUCAACUUUAAAUCAACGAAAACAAUGUGUAUACAUUCUUCUACUCUUAAACUAUCUGUUUUAAAUUGUAAUGGGUUCCAUGUUUACAUAUGCUUAUCAGUAGAAGUAAGUUACUGUUUUCUUUUUUUUCCUGAAAGUUGGAGACUUAAAAUACUUCUUAAUUGGGAAAUAAGACAAAAUGAAUCAUUUACUGGCAUCAUUAAAAUUGUUAUUUCCUUUGACCUCAAACAGUGAGAUCCUUCGAGAGUAGUUUAUGUUGAAAGUAUUUACGUCAUGCCGUACAAAGAACUGCACAAAGGAGGUAUUUAUAACCACAAUUUAGAUGAAACUCCGUCAAAGUAAUCAUUAAGGUUUCAUUAACAAAAAAGAAUUUCCCAACAGUCAGUUGUUUUGGUUAGUAGUGGUCAUUCCUGUAUGUUCGACGCUAAUUGGUACACAACAUACACAGUAUUCUCCUCUUUCAAUAUCAAAACAACAUAUCAUUAACGCCAAAUCACUGGACGCCUAGUGACUAAAUGAUCUGAAAACAUCUGAAUGAGAGAUGUGCCAUAACAGGGCAAUCUGUUUACGAGCUCUGCGUAAAUAAUCGCACUUUCGAAACCUCUGGGUCUGAUGGCGGAACAAAUGAAAUUGAAGGGCUGAUUCAAAACUGUGAUCUAAACCGUCCUCAACGUGUGGACCUCAUGCAGUGAUAAGAUGUGACCACGGUCCUGAGAAUUCCAUUUAAACACAAAAUAGACAAAGCAGCAAGGUCGACAUUCAGGACGACGUCUCUUCACGAGAUAACUGUGGGAAGGUAAUCUCUACCUAAUUAUCAAGAGGUGAUUGCCUCCAUUUGCAUCCCAGUUUUAUCAAAGAGAGGCUUUCCGAAAGUCAAAGGUGGAUAACUGCUAUAAAGUACUGAAAAAAGACAACAGUUGGUAAGAACCUUAAAAAAACCGUUGGUUUGCUCGGCGAGAUAAUGGAAGACGAUGAAUUUUUCGACACUGACUUGGAAGAGGAAAGCGACGAGCGGGUAAUCGAGAAAGGAGAGUUCGGAGUUCUUUCUCGAUCAAUUCAAGACAUUUACCUUGACGCGUGUAAGAACAAUAACAUUGUGCCUUCGUCCAAGUUUCUAAAACAGUGCUCCACCGAAAAAAAUAUCGAACUCAACCAUUACGGUCUGGGAGAUUCCGGCACACGAGCCAUAUGCACGGCUUUAGAAGGAUGCUCCAAUGUUACUACCUUAAAUCUCCAUGACAACGGAAUCUAUGAUAAAGGAAUAACCUACAUUGCUAAGAUGCUCAAGAGGAAUGUCUUCAUCAGCAAAGUCGAUUUGUCAGGCAACCAGAUAGGCAAGGAGGCUGCAGACGAACUCGGAGACAUGCUACUUCAGAACAACACUCUAAAAGAACUCAAUAUUAGCAAGUGCAACUUACAAGGGAAAACUGUUGCGGUGUUUUGCAAUUCUUUAAGGUUAGAUGCUCCUCUGACACACUUAAAUUUGUCUUACAACGACAUCGGCGACAGAGGAGCAACUUUCCUCGGUUCCGCUAUCAAGGUGAAUUCCAUUCUGGACAACUUGGACGUGAGCUGGAACAGCAUACGCGUGAAAGGCGCCCGUGCACUGGCCGAAGGUUUGAAAACAAAUACACGCCUUAGAGAGGUGAAUGUUGCUUGGAAUGGGCUUUUGGACGACGGCAUUGCAGCUAUUCAGGAAGCGCUGUCGUGCAACCAGACGCUCAAAGUUCUGGACAUCGGCAGUAACUGCAUCACCAACAAAGGUGUCGCAUCGAUUGCUAGAAUCCUGAAGACGAACAAAAGCUUGGAGGUUUUGAAGACUGGGCGGAAUCCAUUUCAAAGUUACGGCGCUUGUGUCCUGUUAAGAGCCAUUCAGAAGAACACAUCCAGUGCCUUAAGAGAGUUACAGCUAGAUGAUAUAGUCUUCGAUAAGGACUGUGCUCGUGAGCUCGAGAUUCUACUGGAAGGAAGGCCUUCCUUUACAUGCUCGUGGGAUAUCAGCAUUACAGGCGAGCGUCUAACAGAUCGGAAAAAGCGCCCUGAGAUCCUGGACGUGUACUUGGCUUUCGUGCGUACACAAGGACUGCGUCUGAUUGACCUGUUCAAAAUCCUGUCUAAAGACCGUGAUGGACUCAAGCUCAGCAAAGAGGACUUUGUAGGAGGAAUGAAGAAGUUAAACGCUCCGAUACACGAUGUCCAGUUGAGGGAGCUCUUCGACAAAAUGGACUCAAAGAGCAACGGUGUCAUCGCUUUUCAAGAGUUUGUCGUGUGGACGCGCGAGCGAUAUCAGCCGCAGAGCACAACAGUUGGUAAGAACCUUAAAAAAACCGUUGGUUUGCUCGGCGAGAUAAUGGAAGACGAUGAAUUUUUCGACACUGACUUGGAAGAGGAAAGCGACGAGCGGGUAAUCGAGAAAGGAGAGUUCGGAGUUCUUUCUCGAUCAAUUCAAGACAUUUACCUUGACGCGUGUAAGAACAAUAACAUUGUGCCUUCGUCCAAGUUUCUAAAACAGUGCUCCACCGAAAAAAAUAUCGAACUCAACCAUUACGGUCUGGGAGAUUCCGGCACACGAGCCAUAUGCACGGCUUUAGAAGGAUGCUCCAAUGUUACUACCUUAAAUCUCCAUGACAACGGAAUCUAUGAUAAAGGAAUAACCUACAUUGCUAAGAUGCUCAAGAGGAAUGUCUUCAUCAGCAAAGUCGAUUUGUCAGGCAACCAGAUAGGCAAGGAGGCUGCAGACGAACUCGGAGACAUGCUACUUCAGAACAACACUCUAAAAGAACUCAAUAUUAGCAAGUGCAACUUACAAGGGAAAACUGUUGCGGUGUUUUGCAAUUCUUUAAGGUUAGAUGCUCCUCUGACACACUUAAAUUUGUCUUACAACGACAUCGGCGACAGAGGAGCAACUUUCCUCGGUUCCGCUAUCAAGGUGAAUUCCAUUCUGGACAACUUGGACGUGAGCUGGAACAGCAUACGCGUGAAAGGCGCCCGUGCACUGGCCGAAGGUUUGAAAACAAAUACACGCCUUAGAGAGGUGAAUGUUGCUUGGAAUGGGCUUUUGGACGACGGCAUUGCAGCUAUUCAGGAAGCGCUGUCGUGCAACCAGACGCUCAAAGUUCUGGACAUCGGCAGUAACUGCAUCACCAACAAAGGUGUCGAAUCGAUUGCUAGAAUCCUGAAGACGAACAAAAGCUUGGAGGUUUUGAAGACUGGGCGGAAUCCAUUUCAAAGUUACGGCGCUUGUGUCCUGUUAAGAGCCAUUCAGAAGAACACAUCCAGUGCCUUAAGAGAGUUACAGCUAGAUGAUAUAGUCUUCGAUAAGGACUGUGCUCGUGAGCUCGAGAUUCUACUGGAAGGAAGGCCUUCCUUUACAUGCUCGUGGGAUAUCAGCAUUACAGGCGAGCGUCUAACAGAUCGGAAAAAGCGCCCUGAGAUCCUGGACGUGUACUUGGCUUUCGUGCGUACACAAGGACUGCGUCUGAUUGACCUGUUCAAAAUCCUGUCUAAAGACCGUGAUGGACUCAAGCUCAGCAAAGAGGACUUUGUAGGAGGAAUGAAGAAGUUAAACGCUCCGAUACACGAUGUCCAGUUGAGGGAGCUCUUCGACAAAAUGGACUCAAAGAGCAACGGUGUCAUCGCUUUUCAAGAGUUUGUCGUGUGGACGCGCGAGCGAUAUCAGCCGCAGAGCUUGACGGCUCAACAAUAAUCCGAGCACAGCAACGAAUGAACACAAAUAGAGCACAAAUAUCCUUGACUUGCUUAAUUUCCUAAUCUUUUUUUUUUUCCAUAUAUAAUACAUCUAUCUGAUGGCAUGUAUUAGCACUCAAAAAGAAUGCUUUUUUUCGCUCGGAUUUUUACUGAAAGUAAAAAGAAACUGUUUCUCUUUA